AUGGAGAAAAUUGUUCGCACUGUAUACAAGCAGUUGUACAAAAAGGCGUCGCAGGUGGAAAAGGAUGUAGCGAUGCGCACUGCACUCACAUGUUCUCCACGUCGUGUAUAUGAUCACCGCUGUGGAAAGUGGGUGCCUAUGGAUGUAGCGAAACUCUCUGGGUGGCAUGAAACUCGUGUGUUUGUCGAUGCACUCGUACGGCGGUUGAAUGGUGGGAGGGAGUUCUUCAUUCCUCUCGCCAAUAACGGUGGUGGUGAUGCGAACAACACUGGAAUGGAAGCAAAGUCACCAUCGAUGGUGGACAUUCUGCGACAAAGCUUUGAGAGCACACCGUUCACCUCAACGCAGAUUGGCAAUGCCUUUGCUGCGUUGAGGGAGUUGGCCAACGUGACUGAUACGGCUGUGAAAUACUCCAAUUCUGUUGCACCACCCCCAGAGGAAGUGAGGUCCGUUCCCACGCCGAAGCUCACUGUGGUUAGUGCCGUUGAGGGAAUGCAUCACCUGUCGCUUACUAGAGGACUGUCCGAGGUUUUGGAGGGUGUCCCUUACGAAGAUAUGGGCGUGAGCCGGACUUCAGAGGAGGACGUACAUACAGAGGGAAAGGCAGAAACGAAGGAUACUUCCAGUGAGGAAGGUGUGAUAAGCGAGGAGGAAAGUGACGAUAGGAGCAGCAACAAGAAGGCUACCUUUGACACUCCAAAGAAAGCGCAGUUGCUGUUGGCACACCCACAGCUCUACGACUUUUUUCGUUAUACCGUCAUGAUCGUCGUGCGUGUCACACCGAAUGAAUCGGCUGCGUUGGUGUUGAAUAAGCCACUGGAGAACGAUAAGGGUGCUUUGAUGCCUGUCAGUAUGACCAUGAGGCUGAGCAGCGCCCAUCCGCUUUUCGCCAAACAUCUAUGCAAUCAUACUGUGAUGAUUGGUGGGCCUGUGAGUCGUGGCUCCUUCGACUCUACUAUGUUGUUACUUCACCGAAUUCCUGAUGUUGACGAUGCCAUUCCGUUAUCCCACUCUUUAUGGAUCGAUGGGAGUUAUGACACUCUUCAACAAAAAAUUGAGGAUGGCACCGCAGACCCAAAAGAUAUUGUUGUGAUCUGUGGUUUUAGUGGUUGGGGAGUUCAACAGUUGGAGGGGGAGCUGCAGUCUGGCACAUGGGUGGCUGCAAGCGGGAGCACCGACGAUCCGGCAUUGGAUAAUUUUGUAUUCACCAUUGCACGCCUUGCGGGAACGCAUGGUCCUUCACCAGUAGCCUCAGAUCCGUCACCCACAGGGGAAGGUAAUGAAGCACCGUCUGCUACGUCUAUGGAAGAGAGGAAUCGCUGGCGUCGUGCGUCACUGUGGGCGUGGGCAUACAGUGCGUUGGGUCAGCCAUUUGCCUCUAUGGCCGGUAACCAAAAGCCUUUCAUGCAUGCACCACCAGAUGCUUAG